CAACAAAGCAAACGGUGAGGCCGCGAAUCAUAAUCGUUUUCCAUAAUGUCCUCCAAGAAAAGAACUCUGCCGCGUCGAACGCAAGAAUUCGAUGUGUCCGUGCCGCAGUCCUCGGUUAAAAAGCCACCAAACCGCGUCAGUCGGAUUGCACAGCCCAUACGCAAAUCGUCCAAACCGAGUGGCCUUUUCGGUGAAAAUCGUCGCUCUCGGUCGAUGGACCGGGGCCUAAACCUGAUCGUGCCCGGUGUUUCCGUCCCGACGACCGCCACGAAGAAAUCGAUCAAUCCGCGCAGCAGCAGCGCUACACCCCAGCUGCGUACUCCGCUGCGCAGCGUAGGCCUCUACGCCAACAGUGGCAACACGGACAUCGCCCCGUCGACGGUGGAACGCGAACGUUUUACCACUGAAGGGCACAAAGUGUUCGUGUAUCUGGCACAGGCAGAAAUACCCGAGCUGGCGAAGGAUUUUAUCGAGCGUGGAACCCUCCGGUCGAUGUCGAUGAAACAGUUUCUCAUCAUCGUGGCCCAUCUGUUGCGCCAGAUUGGCGGUAGCCGGUACAAGAUAGGGUCCAACUUUAUCGAGGACAUUAUGCGUGCCGUUACCGAGCUGCAGUGUCCGUUUACGGUCAACAAGUCCAUGCUGAAAACACCGAGCGCACCGCACUCGCUGGGACCGAUCACGCUGAUGCUAACGUGGCUUAUUCAGCUGGCACCGAAUCCACCCGGUGCCAGCGAAACCGAGUGGGCCCCGACGUACCUGCAGGCGGAAGAGUUCCCGACGGCCGACUUUACGCGCUUCUUCUUUCAAUCCGCCAUCGACAGCUUCCACCUGUGGAAUCUGAAGCGCGAAGAAGAGUUCGGAGCCAAGGUGGACGCAAUGGUCGAUCAGCUGGUGGCAUGCCGAACGGAUGGGCUCACGGUGUCCCAGGUACUACAGCGAACCGAACAGAUAAAGCAGCAGCUCGAUGCAUUCGGAACCGACCAGGUCACGGGGCUGACACGCGACCACAGCUUCGAUGGAGUGCAGCGUGAGGUAGCCGAACGGCAGCGUGAACAGCAACGGCUCGCGGAAGAGGUGAAGCAGCUUACCAAGGAGCUCGGCAAGUGCGAACAACAGUAUCAUCGGCGCCAAAAGGAGUACUACGAGUGCGAGAAUGCUAUCCGUCGACUAGAGCAACAGCUGGCCAGUCAGCAGCUGACGGUCGAGGAACGCGAUGAAAUCCAUCGUUCGAUGGCGCACACCAAGAACCUCAUCACGGCGAAGCAGAAUGCAGUGAUGCGCUUACAGGAAACGUCCUCUGACUUACAGAUUCAGCUGUCGCAUCUCAUCAAACACAAAAUCAAUGGCCUGUCCGAGCUGAACACACAGCUACACAACUGGGCCAACGCACUUCGGCCCGACAUCCAGUUUCAGCCGUUCGACAUCAACCAUCUGCUCGAGAGUCAACCCGCGGAACUGGCACAGGCACUGACCGCGGUCGAGCGGCAGCUGAGCAUCGUGUUCCAGCAGUGCCGUGAUCUGUACCGUAAGCUUAGCGAGGAAAAGAGCCUACUCGAGAGUAAACUGGCCGAUGCUCAGCUCAUUCUGCAUCCACUGGAGGCAAGGGUUACUGAGCUCAAAAAACGAUUGGAGAAGCUUCAGAAAGAGCGAGACCAACUCACCCACGCACUAGGCGAACUGGCUUCACGAUCUAACGCCGCCGAAGCAAAGCUCGAACAGGAACAGGAACUGAGGCGUGCAAUCGACAGCAUGAAGGAUGAGCUAGAGCGGAACAAGAAAGCGAUCGUAAAGCUGGACCACGACAGACAGCAAGUAAUGCGCGACUGCCUGGAGCGGUGUCGUAUGGCACAGGAGAAGAAAGAACGCAAAUUGACCGCCUUCCGGGAGUACGUAGAGUCCUGUGAAGCCAUCAUGGGAAAGAUUGUCGAUACCCUUGGUGUUGGUCCCGUACAGCAGUAAUCCAGCGAUACAGAUCAGUUA